AUGAGUGCCUUAGGAUUUGGUGGCGAGUCGUCCUCGGACGAGCAAGAGGAGACCGUCGAGCAGUGGCGCAGGAGUGUUCAAAAGCGCUCGAAGAAGCAGCAGCAGCAGCAGCAGCCGAGCGUUGUUGAUGAGUCGAUCUAUCAAUACGAUGAGCACUAUGACCGGUUGCAAGACGAGCGGAAGCAGUUGAAGAGGCCCAAAGUUGAAGGCCCGAGGUUCAUGAAGAACCUGCUGAUUGCGAAAGAACAGAGGAAACAGGAUAAAGACCGGGUGGAGGACGUUAGAGCUGCUCGGGAGCGAGAACUGGAGGGAGAUGAGUACAAGGACAAGGAAGUGUUUGUGACGGAUGGGUAUAAACAGCACAAGACGUUGCGACAGGGAGAGGAGGCGAAGGCUGUGAGGGUGUUGUUGUCCACGAGGAAGCCGUCUGGACAGGCCGAGGAGUCUGCGAAGGCUGCGAAGGCUGCUGAUACCGCUGAUACCGCUGAUACCGCUGAGACCACUGAGCCUGAUGUCAAGCCUGCCAUUUCGAAGUCUAGGCUGCUGCCUCCGUUGGAUGAAACAGUGGUCCUAGAGUACCGCCAGAGAUACCUCCAAAGAUGUGUGAAAUGA